AUGGGGGACACUAUUGAGAAGCCAGACUUCCGACCCAUCUUUAACCCAACCAAGCAGCGCCCGCUUGGAUCUCCUCCGCCUAGGGAGACUAUUAUCAAAGAUGCCUUCAGACUUCGCACCCUGAUGGCCAUGGGCGCCCUCGCCCAGAUCGUCCUCUUCGCCAUCCUGCCCUACCGUUAUGCUGUCGUUCCCGCCUUGAUCUUCGUUCUCCAGUCCAUCGGUUCGACCAUCGGCCAACUGCUCUUCUACAAGACCAACGAAAACCCGUUCAUGACAGGUGUCGUCCAAGGCCUCACCAGCGGCCAGCCUCCCUCGUGGGAAACCGGUCGCUACCCCAACGCACCCUGCUCCAGCCCCAUCGUCGUCUUCCACCUCGGCGUCUCGUACAACCACCCGCUGGGUCCCGCCUGCCCUGGCGGUAAGGAAGUCUACACCCAUUUCAUGAACAUGAUCUCGGCCAUGAACGAGAAGAAGGAGGAGUAUGGCCUCUUGGGCAUGUCCAACUGGAAGCAGACCAAGCGCGCGACCCACAACGCCGGCCUGGUCGUCAUGUACUUCAAGAGCGUCGAGGGACUGCACAAGUUUGCGCACGACAAGGAGCACCGCGACGGCUGGGAUUUCUUGCACGCGUUCCGCAAGAAGGGAUACAACCACAUCACGGCGCUGCACGAGACCUUUGAGGUGCCCGCGGGUGCUUGGGAGUCGAUCUACUUGGAUUCGCCGCCUAUCCUAAUGGGAGAUACGAGCAUCAAGGUUACGGAGAAGGAUGGGAGCUCGACUUGGUAUAAGAGUCUUGUUGAUGCGUCGGUGAGGCCGUUGACGGGCAUGAUGAACAGGAUGGCGAGGGGUAAGGCUACUGCGAGGGAGAGUACCUAUGCCUAUUAG